GCAAAUGUAAGGCUGAAUUGACCAUACAUGCCUCCCAGAAUGCAUCGCUUCAUUUGAAUCGAUUGUUUUUGCAAAAUGGCUGACCAGAACGCGAAAGCGAAGGUCGAUCUGGGACUUCUCGAAGAAGAUGACGAGUUUGAGGAGUUUCCUACUGAAGAGUGGACGGCAAAAGCCGAAGAUUCCCAAGACGUGAACGUCUGGGAAGACAACUGGGAUGAUGACAACAUUGAAGAUGACUUCAGUCAGCAACUCCGAGCGGAGCUUGAGAAGCAGGGGUUCAAAGUUGACGGAACAGGAGAGCCUAUCAAGACAUGAAUGUGGGCGACUUGAAAAUUACACUGGUCAUCUGAAGAUGUGAAUUUUUUUUCCCCUUCUCUUUCUCACCGUGCUGUGAUAGAAUAAACGUUUUUCCUGAAA